AUGCCCAGCCAAAUGAGCAUAUCCGAAGGUCUCCAGGCUCCAAUUGCCGGAGUGCAGCCUCAUCUGCAGCCAUGGGAGACACAUGCGUGGUCCCCGGAUCGUCUGGGCUCCAUGUACUCCGACUGGGCCAAUUUCUUUUUCACCCAACAGCGGUAUGCAAACGGACUUAGGUACUUCAACGACGCUCUGGAUCUGAAUCCGUUCAAUGAAAGAGCUCUGAUGCGCCGAAGUCAGCUGAAAAGAUCGAUGGGCCUGGCCUCCGAAGCUCUGAAGGAUUGCUCCCGAGCAGAGGAUCUGCUGAUGAGCCGAAAGCCACCCGUAACCAAUCCCAAUGUCAGUCUGGAAGUCUGCGAUGCUCUGUACGAGUCCAAUCGCUUGGAAGAUUCCAAAAUAAAUCUGCACUGUCAUCUGAAGCGAUUUAGAUCCACUCAAAGAGGUCCUGUUGUCGACCGUCUCAAUGUGUUAAAUGAGAACUUUCGUGACACCUUAUCAGAUGAUUCCACCAUGUCUGUGCAGCGCCUCAUCAAUCGCAUGAUGGCUAGUUUGGCUAAGGAGCCCAAGGAUAUUAAGGAUACUUGCGACGUGGUUAGCAUAAUGGAAAAGGAGGAAACCCAUUUGUCCCCACUGGAAAUGGCUAGGCGAAAAAGGCAUUUUAAGAUAUACAACCAGACGUAUCUGAACAAAUGCUGGGUGGAUGUGGCCUUUCUUAAGACUCUGCGCGAUGAUCCCAAUGUGUUGCCCAAGCAUUGCAAGAAGUCAUCCGAGUAUUUGGGCAAACUGAUGGCUAGCAAUUAUAAAGCGGAACGCACUCUUACGAAAACGCUGCAUGCCCGAAGUCCCAUGUACGCCUUGCAUCAACAGAAAUAUCCCAACGAGGCAUUUUAUAAUAAGCAUCGAGAGGAAAACCUAUAUCGCAUUCAGUACCAGACGAGGCGGAAUAUGUUCAAGAUCCUUCGCAGCAUUCGAUUGCUAAUUCGAGUUGGAGAACUGAACAAACUAACCACAUUUAUUGAGGAGGUCAUGGGCGACUAUGUCACCAUCAAGACGAAUCGCGUAAUGCCGUGGAAAUUUGAAUUCACUAAUGAGGUCUACAACUACUUGGGUCUAGCCCGCAUUAAUGAAUACAAAAUCCCCAGCAAUAUGACUGUCUUGCAGGGCAAACAACGUCUGCUAACACUUUUCAGACUGCCCCUCAAUAAUAGUCUAGACAUGAAAAAAUCAAAGACAAAACGAACGAGUGCUCUGAAUAUAACCAGAUCGGCUACCACCGAUCCCAAAGCGGAGCAUUUUAAAAAACAAGUCGUCCGACUGGAAAAUCGGAUGCGGUUUGCCGAAUAUAACAUUGAACGCGCCUAUCUACUGCACGAAUUGGCCCAGGAGCAUCUGAAUUGUAACUCAUUUGAUGGGGCCUGCUCCAUGGCACGAAUGGCCCUGGAGGAGGCCAUAAAAUGCAAGAGUGUAAUUUGGAGCUUCCUGAGUCUCAUGGUUAUAUGCAAGGCCCACGCGAUUCUGGGCAAGAUCGAACGGGAAAAGGAGAUUCUGGCCGAAGCCUUCGAGCUGGCCAAGAAAAUGAAGAACCUGGACCUGUGCUUAUUCAUAGAUAUCUGCAUUAAAGUUAAUGCGGAGGAGAUGGAAAUGAAGCGCAUGGUUACCACAGAUUUGACUGCUAGGAGACAAAAGUUUGGCUCUAAAAUGUUCCAAAGCAACGAUCAGGUGAAUGAGGAUCGCAACCAAAUUACCUAGAAAAAUGGGACCAAUGUUUCGAAAAAAUACAAAUAUUUUA